CUCUCUGUCUCUGUCUCUCUCUUGCUGAUAAAGCUGAAGAUCCUGCCAGCCUCCAUCGGUCUCUCUCUCUCCUUUCUCUUUGUCUACAGUUAUAGAUCCCACCCUUACCCCAUAUUGUCCUCUAUGUUGUAGAUUUAUACAGACUGGGCCAACCACUACCUGACCAAGUCUGGCUGCCCUCGACUCAUCAAGGACCUGACCAUAGACAUUGCUGACGGAGUUCUGCUGGCAGAAAUCAUCCAGAUCAUAGCUAAUGAGAAAGUGGAGGACAUCAAUGUCAGCCCCAGGAGUCAAUCACACAUGACUGAGAAUUUGGACGCCUGCCUCAGUUUCCUGGAUGCAAGAGGAGUGAAUGUACAAGGGCUCUCCUCAGAAGAGAUCCGGAAUGGGAAUCUAAAGACCAUCCUGGGACUGUUCUUCAUCCUGUCUCGCUACAAACAGCAGCAGCAACAGCAGCAGCAGUACUACCAGUCCCUGGUAGAGCUUACACACCAGACCACCGGGGCGGCGCCGGCCAGCCCCCUCAAAACGCAACCAGAGAUGCAGUCCAGGUAGGCUCAGUUGUCCUAAAUGGCGCCGGGUGAAGUUGGCGCUAGAUGCUGCAUUUUGGGUCAGUUUAGCAUUUUCCUUACUAAUGGUUUACUAGUCACAUUUGCAGCCACUAUGCUGGUGUGUUAUUUUGCUUCUGAACACAUUUGAUCUUGGGAUAUCUUGACUGGUGUACGGUUCAAAUGGAGUUUGUCUCGUCCAAACAGGUCCCUGCUAUGUAAUUUCACACCGUUUGUAUUUAUUAUGGAUCCAAGACAGCAGCUAAUCUUCCUGGGG